GGCGUAAACCCUAAUUCCCGCCUGUCAGCGUCCCUGCGUUCCAUCAUCUCCUUCCCUCCGAACACCAAACUUACCCCUGCGUUUCCGUUCCUUCUCAGUUGAUUGUAAGCUUGCGCUGAAAUCCGUAGCAGGAGCUCAAGAUGGUGAAGAGGAGCAAAAAGAGCAAGAGCAAGAGAGUGCCGCUGAAGAAGAAGUACAAGAUCAUCAGGAAGGUGAAGGAGCACCACAAGAAGAAGGCCAAGGAGGCGAAGAAGCUGGGCUUCAACCAGAAGCGCAAGGUCGAGAAGGACCCCGGCAUUCCCAACGAUUGGCCGUUCAAGGAGCAGGAGCUCAAGGCCCUCGAAGAGCGGCGGGCCCGCGUCCUCGAGGAAUUGGAGGAGAAGAAAGCCGCCCGCAAGGAAAGGGCUCAAAAGAGGAAGUUGGGGUUGCUGGCGAACGAUGACAUAACUUCGACAAAAGAACAGGAUUUUGGAGAGGAGAAAGGCCCUGACAAAAUUGCAAAUACUGGGAAAAAUCGCGAGAACUCUGAAAGAGCAUUCUACAAGGAAUUAGUCAAAGUUAUUGAAGCCUCAGAUGUCAUUUUGGAGGUUCUUGAUGCUAGGGAUCCCCUUGGUACACGUUGUGUAGAUAUGGAGAAGAUGGUGAUGAAAGUGGGUCCUGAUAAGCAUUUGGUGUUGCUCCUGAAUAAGAUUGACCUUGUGCCAAAAGAAGCUGUAGAGAAAUGGCUCAAGUAUCUCAGGGAAGAAUUGCCAGCAGUUGCUUUUAAGUGCAGCACGCAAGAGCAGAGAUCUAAUUUGGGCUGGAAAUCUUCAAAGGCUGCAAAACCGAGCAGUCUUUUGCAAACCAGUGAUUGUCUUGGCGCAGAAACUCUUAUUAAAUUGCUCAAGAAUUACUCUAGAAGUCAUGAGAUUAAGAAGUCGAUUACCGUGGGUGUUAUUGGCUUGCCUAAUGUUGGUAAGAGCAGUCUGAUAAAUAGCUUGAAGAGAUCUCACGUUGUCAAUGUUGGUGCCACUCCAGGAUUGACAAGGUCAAUGCAAGAAGUUCAGUUAGAUAAGAAUGUUAAGUUGCUGGACUGUCCUGGUGUAGUCAUGCUAAGGUCUUCAGGGAAUGACGCAACUAUUGCUCUCAGAAACUGCAAACGUAUUGAGAAGUUAGAUGAUCCAAUUACUCCAGUGAAGGAGAUUCUCAAGCUCUGCCCUGCCAAAGUGCUUGUAACAAUCUACAAGAUCUCAAGCUUUGAUACAGUUGAGGAGUUUCUACAGAAGGUAGCAUCUGUUCGUGGUAAGCUCAAAAAGGGUGGUAUUGUGGAUGUUGAAGCCACUGCCAGAAUUGUUCUGCAUGACUGGAAUGAAGGUAAAAUCCCAUAUUACACUAUGCCCCCAGAGAGGAAUCAAUCAGAAUUAUCAGAAGCAAAACUUGUUUCUGAAUUGGGGAAGGAGUUUAAUAUUGAUGAAGUUUACAAUGGUGAAUCAUCAUUUAUUGGCAGCCUCCAGUCGGUCGAUGAUUUUCAUCCUGUAGAAGUUCCACCGAGCUGCCCACUCAAUUUCGACGAGAAUAUGUUUAAGGAGGACGAACAACCGCAACCAUCAACACAGGUCAGCAGCGACCCUCAAGGCUUGGCCAAGGAUGGUGAGGAUGAGUCCAUGGGUAGUGAAGACGAGGAUGCCGACAAGACCAGAGGACAACCUCCUUCUGGCCGACAAAAUCAAAAACUUUACACAGCAGAAGGCAUACUCAAUCCGAAGACAAAGAAGGCGGAAAAGAAGAGGAGGAAAAAGGAGCCAAAAUCAACCCCGAUGGAUGUAGCGGACGGCGAUUACAACUUCAAAAUUGAUUACGCCAAGAACAAAUACACCAUGGAUGUUUCCGAUGGUGAAGAUAAUUAGGCGAUUCUUGAGAUUUGCUGAUAUUAGGUGUUGCAUCAGUGAUGAUCCAUGGAGGCAUGAUUACCCUAAAUGUGCUUUGGCCUUUUACAGGGUGUCAUGCCCAAUUUUGGUGCUGAGUUUUGAUUUUAAAGAGAGUUUUGGUUCUUGUUUAUGUCUAAUUUGAGUAUAUAUUUCUCUUUAAAGAUGAAAAUAUUGCUCAUUGCUGAGGAAA